AUGCCACCGGGCAGUACAAGUACUCCCCGGCGACCACCCAUGGUGCCAAUCUAUGAUUUAUGGGCACAUGUAUGGUCUAGAGCACACCCCUUGGUAUCGCCUUCCUCGCACUUCCUAAAAUCCACUCUUCCUCACGGCACUCCACUUUUACAAACCUCUAAAAGAAUCACCCGAUGUGUACUGGUAGUAGCAUUUUCACAAACUGCUAGCACUCUCACAAAAUUAACUCUACCAUUCAUACUGGAAGAACCGCCCGUGACCUCCUAUGUUAGUAAUUACAUUAGUCAAAUUGAAUCUGGUCUGUCCAAAUUGUUGAGAGAUGCUGCCGAAGAUUGCCAAUGGGGUAAUUUAGCUUUAAAAGAUAAGUUCAGGAUAAUUUCCAACGUAUUUAUAAGAAGCAGCCUGAUGUCAGCGCGAGAAGCAGCUAAUCUAUCCUUGCCAGUAUCUAAAAGUAGCAGAAAAGUAAUUUCCAUCAACACGAGUCCCCAAGACGAGCUGACGGUUAUGCUGAAGAAACACGAUGUUGAAGUGUCUAAAUCCUGA